CAAACACACAUCCAAUCUCAUUAUAACCUUUAAACUCUCUCCUUCCUAAUUUUCCCUCCAUAGAGUCAACACCACACACUCAAAAAAAAAAAAAAAAAUCUUUAUAGAGCUCUCUGUUUUCAUCAACAAAAUGGAUUCUUCUUGUACAAACUCAGUAAACGGAUUCCACACCUUUCUUAACAAAUCAAUGGAAGAUCUCGAAAGGGUUUAUCUCUCCAACAACUUCAUGUCUCUUCAGUUCCUACAGAGAGUGAUCUGUCUCCUAAGAACCUCUCACUCUCACCUCACACUUCUUGUCCAAAAACUCAACCUCCCUGUCGGCGACAAGUGGCUCGACGACUACAUGGACGAAACCUCCAAGCUUUGGGACGUAUGCCACGUCAUCAAAUCCUCUCUCUCCUCCAUGGAAACCUUCUGCUCCGCCGCCAUUUCCGUAACCUCCACUCUCGACGCCUACCACCACAACAACCACCGUCAGGUGAUGCGAGCGAUAACUGUAUGUCGGAGAGAAGCGGUGGGGAUAGAGGAAGAGAACAGAGCAUUAAUGGAGAACCGUGUCCAAAGGUUUCCCUUUUGGUCGGAGCAAGUUACAACGACGAUGGAGUCGUCGAAGAUACAGAACGGUUUCAGCGGGUUCAGAGGAGUGAUGAACACGAUGAAGAACAUAAACACUCUGUUUCUCGUGAUCUUAACGCAAGGACUCGUUUACUCUAUCCCGGCGGGGGACACGGCGGCGACGGUGACGAUGACGGCGACGGCGAUGGUGAGGCUGAAGCAGAGAGUGGCGGCGGAGAUGGAGAGGACAGGGGUGAAGAAAGGGGUUAUGAUGUAUGAGUACAGGAGGAGCAAGACGGCGGUGGAGGAGCUUAAGACUGAGCUUGAGAGGCGGUGGUGCGGCGGUGGGAGAGUGGAGGAGGAGGAGGCGGCGGAGAGAGGGUUGAGAGAGAGAGUGGAGAGUGUGAGAGUGAGUGUUGGGAGUUUGAGGAAUGGAACAGAGAGUGUUGUGUCUCAGAUUGAUGAUUUCUUUGAUGAGAUUGUUGAUGGUAGAAAAAUGCUUUUGGCUUUCUGUAGCCACAGGUAAAAAAAGGAAAACAUACACAAAGGUUUUAGGCUUUUUUAGAUGAAUCAGAAUGUGUUAAUCUGCUCUGUUUUAAAAUUGUUUUAUGGUAUUAUAAAAUAUCUGUGUUGGUGUUACCAAAGUUCAAAUAUGAAGUUUAAUAUGAU